AUGAGUGGCUCCCAGGCCCACACCGGCCAGCAGACAGAGAGAUCCUACACCCCAUUGCUGAGCUGUCCCCUCUCCCCCAGGAUCCAGGAGAACAGCUUCCUCAUCUGUAUCCUGGUGGUGGCGGGCGUCUUCUGGGUGCAUCGCCUCGUCAAGUUCAUCUACAACAUCUGCUGCUACUGGGAGAUCCACUCCUUCUACAUCAACGCUCUCAAGAUCCCCAUGGCCACACUGCCCUACUUCACGUGGCAGGAGGUGCAGGCGCGCAUCGUGCAGAUCCAGAAGGAGCACCAGAUCUGUAUCCACAAGAAGGAGCUGACGGAGCUGGACGUCUACCACCGCAUCUUGCGCUUCAAGAACUACAUGGUGGCCAUGGUGAACAAGUCGCUGCUGCCCGUGCGCUUCCGCUUGCCGCUGCUGGGCGACACUGUCUUCUACACGCGUGGCCUCAAGUACAACUUCGAGCUCAUCUUCUUCUGGGGGCCUGGCUCGCUCUUCGAGAACGAGUGGAGCCUGAAGGCCGAGUACAAGCGAGCUGGGCACCGCCUGGAGCUGGCUGAUAAGCUCAGCACCCGCAUCCUCUGGAUCGGCAUCGCCAACUUCCUGCUCUGCCCCCUCAUCCUCAUCUGGCAGAUCCUCUACGCCUUCUUCAGCUACACCGAGAUCCUCAAGCGGGAGCCGGGCAGCCUGGGCGCCCGCUGCUGGUCGCUCUAUGGCCGCUGCUACCUGCGCCACUUCAACGAGCUGGACCAUGAGCUCCACUCACGCCUCAGCAAGGGCUACAAGGCGGCCUCCAAGUACAUGAACUGCUUCAUCUCGCCCCUGCUCACCAUCGUGGCCAAGAACGUGGCCUUCUUCGCCGGCUCCAUCCUGGCCGUGCUUAUUGCCCUCACCAUCUAUGAUGAGGACGUGCUGGCCGUGGAACACGUGCUCACUACUGUCACGCUGCUGGGUGUUGGCGUCACCAUCUGCCGGUCCUUCAUCCCUGACCAGCACCUGGUGUUCUGCCCACAGCAGCUGCUGCGGGUCAUCCUCGCACACAUCCACUACAUGCCCGACCACUGGCAGGGCAAUGCGCAUCGCUAUGAGACCCGUGACGAGUUCGCGCAGCUCUUCCAGUACAAGGCGGUCUUCAUCCUGGAGGAGCUGCUGAGCCCGAUCGUGACGCCGCUGAUCCUCAUCUUCUGCCUGCGCCCCAAGUCCCUGGAGAUCAUCGACUUCUUCCGCAACUUCACGGUGGAGGUGGUGGGAGUGGGCGACACCUGCUCCUUCGCCCAGAUGGACGUACGCCAGCACGGACACCCCGCGUGGAUGUCGGCGGGGAAGACGGAGGCCUCCAUCUACCAGCAGGCGGAGGAUGGGAAAACGGAGCUGUCGCUCAUGCACUUCGCCAUCACCAAUCCGCGCUGGCAGCCACCCCGCGAGAGCACGGCCUUCAUCGGCUUCCUCAAGGAGCGGGUGCACCGGGACAGCAGCGUGGUGCUGGCGCAACAGGCUGGGCUGCCUGACAACGCCCUCUUCACCUCCAUCCAGUCCCUGCAGUCUGAGUCCGAGCCUCACAGCCUGAUCGCCAACGUCAUUGCGGGCUCCUCGGUGCUGGGCUUCCAUGCGGGCCGCGAGGCGCCGGCCUCUCACCACCGCUCCGAGGUCGCCUCUGCCCCACGCACCUUUUCCCCGCUGCAGUCCAUCCAGCAGCCCCACGGCGCCUUCCAGGCAGCGGGGGCCCAUGCAGACGGGCUCCAGCCCCGGGCCGGCAGCACCAUGACGGCUUCAGGCGCGGACGCCCGGACGGCGAGCUCGGGGAGCAGUGCCUGGGAGGGGCAGCUGCAGAGCAUGAUCCUGUCGGAGUAUGCCUCCACCGAGAUGAGCCUCCACGCACUCUACAUGCACGAGCUCCACAAGCAGCACGCGCAGCUGGAGCCUGAGCGGCACGUGUGGCACCGGCGGGAGAGUGACGAGAGCGGGGAGAGCGCCCAGGAGGAGGCGGACGCACAGCGGGGCCCUGGUGGCACCAUCCCACGCUCCGCCAGCUACCCCUUCUCCUCACCGCGCCUGCCCACCGAGGAGGCCACUACGCUGCAGAUGGGCUUCCAGCGCCGCUACGGGGGCAUCACAGACCCGGGCACGGUGCACAGAGCCCCAUCACACUUCUCCCGCCUGCCGCUUGGUGGCUGGGCUGAGGACGGGCAGCCUGCGCGCCACCCCGAGCCGGUGCCCGAGGAGAGCUCGGAGGACGAGCUCCCGCCGCAGGUGCACAAGGUGUAGCUCUGGGGGCUGAGGAUCCCAUCCUGAGGGUUUGUGGACUGGGAGCUGCCGGACUGUGGCCGUGGGACCGCCCGGGCCCCGUCUCCCAUCCCGCAGGGCGCAGGUCAGCCAGGGCUCCUCUGUGCACGUCACCACUACGGGGACGGGGCCGCUGCGCCGGCGCCUCCUGUACAGACGCGCGUUGAGCUGGCGCCACUG